AUGGAAAAAGGUAGGAAGCGUGAUAGAAAUGUAAAUUUUACUUUCGAAGAAACUGAACGACUUGUGUCCCUCGUUGAGGAAAGAAAAAAUAUAAUUGAAAGGAAGAAAAGUGACGCUACCACAUGGCAGGAGAAGGAUUUAGCAUGGAAUGCGAUAGAAAGGAGUUUCAAUAGAGCGGAUGGAUGUGUUUUUCGUGACGCAAAACACCUCAAAUUGAAAUAUGAAGCUUUAAAAAGGGACGUGAGAAAAAAAGUUGCCGCUAUUCGCGCUCAAAUUCAUAACACGGAUAAUGGUGCAGCAAAUGUUCCAUCAUUGACUCCCAUUGAGGAGAAAGUGAAGGAUAUGAUCUUUCUUUUUGUGGAAGGAGGCGAGAAUGUAGAUGAUUCUAAUCAAAUUCUUCCAAAUUUUCCAGGUAAUAGAAAUAUUUUAAAUGAAUUUCAAAAUACGAGUACGUCACAUAAUUGUGUGCAUGAGGAACCAUUCUCAAAUAAC